AUCCGCAUCCCGCUGCGAUGUUUUGCCAGCACUUUUGCCGGUGCGACAGCAUAAACUAAGAGGCAUUUUUCUCCUCUGAGCGGUUGAACGGGUCGAGGCGGCGUCGGGGCCGCUCGGUGCGGGUGGGGGGUUGAGGCUCAUGUUAUCCAAGCAGGGAGAGACGAUAUACAUAGACGGGUAUUGUUCAGAAGUCGUCCGGAGACUUUGCCGAAUUAUCAGAGGUUCGAUCGUCGCGACGAGUUCUUCUUUAUUGCAAGGUUCUCAUCUCUAAUCCACACUCUCAUACACUCUCUCCUCCAAGGCAUUAGGCUUCACUGUACAAAUACUACUACAGUCACGACUCGGGAAGGCGUACCAAACACUACACUGCAGCAGACAACGCAUCUAACGUUGUUCGAUGCGAUCCGCAGCCGUAGCAAGUAUAGACACAUAGAUAUCUCUGCGAGCGUACCACCACCGCAACUUCCAAACACCUCCCCACCAUGUCCUCGAAACCCGCGAUCGGUUUCUGCGGCCUCGGAGCCAUGGGCUUCGGCAUGGCCACGCACCUCGUCAAGCAAGGCUACCCCGUCACCGGCUUCGACGUGUACGCGCCGACGCUCGAACGCUUCUCUGCGGCCGGCGGCACGCCCUCGACCUCGCUCUCUGAGUCCGCAAAGGACAAGGCAUACUACAUCUGCAUGGUGGCCACGGCGCAGCAGGCAGAGCAGGCGCUGUUCGGCGACGACGGCAUCGUCGCGGGCCUGCCGCAGGGCGCGGUGCUGUACCUCACCAGCACGGUGCCAAGCUCGUAUGCGCAGAGCGUGGAGAAGAAACUGGCAGAUGUCGGCAGAGGCGACAUCUUCUUCAUCGAUGCGCCGGUGUCCGGGGGUGCGAUUCGCGCGGCCGACGGCACGCUGAGUAUCAUGGCGGGCGCGUCCGAGGCGGCGUUCGAGAAGGGCAAGUUCCUGCUGGACGAGCUGACUGCGCCGGCGAAGCUGUUCAUCGUCGCGGGCGGCGUGGGAGCGGGUUCGAACAUGAAGAUGGUGCAUCAGGUGCUGGCGGCGAUCCACAUCAUCUCUGUGAGCGAGGCGUUUGGGUUUGCGGCAAGGCUGGGGCUCAAUGGGAGUGAUGUGAGAGAACAUGUCAUCGGUGGGAAGGCGUGGAGCUGGAUGUUUGAGAACCGCAGUGUGCGGACGUUGAAGGAGGAUUACUUCCCCGGUGCAAGUGCUGUGACGAUUAUCCUGAAGGACACGGGCAUCAUCACCUCAAUGGCGAAUCUCGUCGACUUCCCUGUGCCACUGUGCUCCAUCGCAGAGCAAUUGUACAUCACCGGCCUGAACAAGGACUUCGGCGCACAAGAUGAUGCUGGCCUCGUGCGUCUAUGGACGUCUGAGCCCGUCACGAGCUUGGCCCCGCUCGCAGACGAAGACAAGAAAGCAAAGCUCGAGCUCGUCAGCAAUCUCCUCAAUGGCAUCCAUCUAUGUGCAGCCGCCGAGGGCAUAUCGUUUGCAAAGCAUCUUGGCGUCCCCCUGGCACAGUACUAUGAACUUUGCGUCGAGGCAGCAGGCGGUAGCACACAGUACAAAGAGCAAGGCACGAAGAUGAUUGACAUCAUAGAAGGCAAGCAGGGACAUGAAGGUGCCAGUCUUCGCAGCUAUCGCGAUGGAUUGAAGGCGGCCAUAACAGAGGCACGGGAUAAGAAGAUUCCUCUGCAUUUGGGCAACGGGGCGUUGACACUGAUAGAACAGGCUGGCAAGGAGCAGAGCCUGAGUUCCUUGCUGAAGCUAUACAGCGUCUAAUUGGAGGAAUGUAUGCUGUAGGAUGUAAUCAAGAUACUUCGAACAUAUCAAAAGUGUGGUUUUCGGGAUAGAC